UCAUUUUUUACACUGAAAUUAAUUUUUAAAUAUGGCUUCUACCUCUAAGAGACAAACUACAGUUGUAAGUAAGAAAAAAGGUAUACCAAAAAUGGAAUUGACUUCUGAACAAAAAAAUGAUAUAAAAGAAGCAUUUGACUUAUUUGAUCCAGAUGGCACUGGAAGAAUAUCUACCAAGGAACUCAAAGUAGCCAUUAGAGCCCUUGGAUUUGAACCAAGAAAGGAAGAAAUAAAAAAGCUUAUAGCUAAUGUUGAUCCAAAUGGUCUUUGUACAUUAUCAUUUGAACAAUUUCUAUAUUUAAUGUCUACAAAAAUGUUAGAAAAAGACACAGAAGAAGAAGUUUUAAAAGCAUUUUGCCUUUUUGAUGAUGAUAAUACAGGAAAAAUAUCUUUCAAAAAUUUAAAAAGAGUUGCUACAGAAUUAGGAGAAAAUCUUACAGAUGAAGAAUUGCAAGAAAUGAUUGAUGAAGCAGAUAAAGAUGGUGAUGGGGAAAUUUCUCAAGAAGAAUUUUUACGCAUUAUGAAGAAAACUAGUUUGUAUUAA